AUGUCCGACAAAAACGAAACCGAGCAACAACAGCACAUCCCCACCGACCCCAAGCAAGAAGAUGACUCCAGCGAAAAGCCCCAAAAAGGUCUCCUCAGUGCAAUCGGUGAUCCAGUCGGAAACGUCCUAGGGACCGCCCUCCGCCCCAUCGGCGCACCCCUUGAAAAAGGCGUAACAGGCCCCCUCGGCAACGCGCUGGGCGGCACAACACGCCCAGCCCUAGGUCCUCUACUCGGCCACGACGAAGAGAGGAGCGAACUGCUUGACGGGGCAGAAUCCGUUGGGGUUGGAUGGGAGUGGGCGGUGGGGGUUUGA